GAUAUCGUACCCGAUAAAUAUCAGCCCCAUCCUAAGCCAGGCCCCAUCCUGAGCCAGCCCCCACCCAGCUGGACACAGCUUCAUUUACCCUUCCUAGCUCUUUUUCACUUGUCUCACUUUUGCACUAAUUGUUCACUAUAAAAGCCCUCCCACCCCCACCCUUCUCCUCACUUCAAAACAAAACACUUCCUCUGUCUUCUUCAAUACCAUUCAAUAUGGCUUCACUCCUUACAUCCAGUGUUCUGUUUGCUUUCCUUGCUUGCUAUUUCAUGGCUGCCUCCCAUGCCGGCAACUUGUACCAGGAUAUUGACAUUACUUGGGGAGAUGGUCGUGGUAAGAUCCUCAACAACGGCCAGCUUCUCACCCUCUCUCUCGACAAAGCAUCCGGUUCAGGCUUCCAGUCCAAGAAUCAGUAUCUCUAUGGCAAAAUAGAUAUGCAGCUCAAACUUGUCCCCGGCAACUCCGCUGGUACCGUCACCACCUUCUAUAUGAAGUCUCCAGGGACUACAUGGGAUGAGAUAGAUUUCGAGUUCUUGGGAAACCUGAGCGGUGAUCCUUAUAUUCUCCAUACCAACGUCUUCUGUCAAGGAAAUGGCAACAGAGAGCAGCAGUUCUACCUGUGGUUCGACCCAACUGCAGAUUUUCAUUCCUAUUCCAUCCUCUGGAAUCCACAACGCAUCAUUUUCUCAGUAGAUGGCACACCCAUUAGAGAGUUCAAGAACAUGGAAUCCAUUGGUGUUCCUUUUCCCAAAAGCCAACCGAUGAGAAUCUACUCCAGCUUGUGGAACGCAGAUGACUGGGCUACAAGGGGUGGCCUGGUGAAAACGGACUGGACCAAAGCACCUUUCACCGCUUCAUUCAGAAAAUAUAAUGCCAACGCCUGUCUCUGGAACAAUGGAGCGUCGUCUUGCUCUUCCUCCACCAACUCUAGUAGCAGUUCUUGGCUGUCCGAGGAGCUGGACUCCACAAGCCAAGCGAGGCUGAAGUGGGUACAGAAGAAAUACAUGAUCUACAAUUACUGCACAGACAACAAACGAUUUCCACAAGGUCUUCCUCCGGAGUGCAAAACGUCCUAGGUAGACAAGGAAAUGUGAAAUUUCCCACGACUAGUUUUGAUUUUGCUUAGUUUGUGUGUGUAAUUAUGUAUUCUUUUAUUCGUUAAAACUUGGUAUUAAUUAAUGUAAUGUGAUUAUGUGAAGAGUAGGUUUUUUUUUUUUUUUUUUGGAUGAAUAUGUGAAGUGUUCUUGAAUGUUAUAAAACAACCUACUUAAUUUCUUGUCUCCUUGACCUGUUCUAUUUAGAACUCGCAAUAAUCAUGUUCCUAAUGAGACAUGACAAGUGUAUAGGUCCAAGUUGUGGGUCAUCUACGAGCAAUAGGUUAGAUGAAUUAGGUCUAAUAAGUUUUCGUAAGUUAG